AUGGUGAAGAGGAAGAGCUCCGAGGGCCAAGAGCAGGACAGCGGCCGCGGCAUCCCCUUGCCCAUCCAGACCUUCCUGUGGCGGCAGACCAGUGCAUUUUUGAGGCCUAAACUGGGGAAGCAAUAUGAAGCCUCUUGUGUGUCCUUUGAACGAGUGUUGGUGGAAAACAAGCUGCAUGGCCUCUCUCCGGCCCUCUCUGAAGCCAUCCAGAGUAUUUCCAGAUGGGAGCUGGUGCAGGCUGCUUUGCCUCACGUCCUCCACUGCACUGCAACCCUCCUUUCAAACAGGAACAAGCUAGGCCACCAGGAUAAACUGGGCGUGGCUGAGACAAAGCUCCUUCACACCCUGCACUGGAUGCUCCUGGAGGCACCCCAGGACUGCAACAGUGAGCGGUUUGGGGGCACAGACCGAGGAUCCAGCUGGGGUGGCAGUAGCAGCGCCUUCAUCCACCAGAUUGAAAACCAGGGUUCUCCAGGGCCUCCUUGCCAAAGCAGCGCCAACGAUGAAGAAGAGAACAGCCGAAGGAAGAUAUUCCAGAACUCCAUGGCUACUGUGGAGCUCUUUGUGUUUCUGUUUGCCCCUCUAGUCCACAGGAUCAAGGAAUCUGACCUCACGUUCCGACUGGCCAGCGGGCUUGUUAUAUGGCAGCCCAUGUGGGAGCACAGACAGCCCGAAGUCUCUGGCUUCACAGCGUUGGUGAAGCCCAUCAGGAACAUCAUCACAGCUAAGAGAAGCUCUCCUGUUAACAGUCAGAGUCAGACCUGUGAAUCACCAAAUCAGGACACAAGACAUGGAGAGGGACUCCAGGUGGUCUGUGAGACGCUCCAGUCAGAUUCCAUCUCCCCCAAGACCACCAUUUCAGGCUAUCACCGGGGCAACUCCUUCGAUGGAAGUCUGUCCUCCCAGACUUCCCAGGAAAGAGGUCCAUCACAUUCCAGGGUCUCUCUUGUGAUACCUCCAUGCCAAAGGUCCCGCUAUGCCACCUACUUUGAUGUUGCAGUUCUUCGCUGCCUACUCCAGCCCCAUUGGUCUGAGGAAGGCACUCAGUGGUCUCUGAUGUACUAUCUGCAAAGGCUGCGACACAUGCUGGAGGAGAAGCCAGAAAAGCCCCCAGAACCAGACAUUCCUCUCCUGCCCAGACCCAGGAGUAGCUCAAUGGUGGCGGCAGCUCCCUCACUGGUGAAUACGCACAAAACCCAAGACCUCACCAUGAAGUGUAAUGAAGAGGAAAAAUCUCUCAGUCCGGAGGCCUUUUCCAAGGUUUCGUUGACCAAUCUCCGUAGGUCUGCAGUUCCAGAUCUUUCUUCAGACCUCGGCAUGAACAUUUUUAAGAAAUUCAAGAGCCGCAAAGAAGACCGAGAGAGGAAAGGCUCCAUCCCAUUACACCACACAGGGAAGAGGAGGCCGCGGAGGAUGGGAGUGCCGUUCCUGCUUCACGAGGACCACCUGGAUGUGUCCCCCACCCGCAGCACGUUCUCCUUCGGAAGUUUCUCUGGGCUUGGAGAAGACAGGCGAGGCAUUGAAAAAGGAGGCUGGCAAACCACCAUUUUAGGGAAAUUCACCCGGCGGGGCAGUUCUGACGCAGCCACUGAGAUGGAGAGCCUGAGUGCCAGGCACUCGCACUCCCAUCACACCCUGGUGAGCGACCUGCCGGACCACUCCAACAGCCACGGCGAGAACACCGUCAAGGAAGUGAGAUCCCAGAUCUCCACUAUCACAGUCGCAACCUUCAAUACCACAUUGGCAUCAUUCAAUGUAGGCUACGCAGACUUUUUCAAUGAGCAUAUGAGGAAGCUCUGCAACCAGGUGCCUAUCCCAGAGAUGCCACAUGAACCCCUGGCAUGUGCGAACCUGCCCCGAAGCCUCACAGACUCCUGCAUAAACUACAGCUACUUGGAGGACACAGACCACAUUGAUGGGACCAAUAACUUUGUUCACAAGAAUGGCAUGCUUGAUCUUUCAGUGGUUCUGAAGGCUGUUUAUCUUGUCCUUAACCAUGACAUCAGUUCUCGCAUCUGUGAUGUGGCACUAAACAUUGUUGAAUGCUUGCUUCAACUUGGUGUUGUGCCCUGUGUAGAAAAGAACAGAAAGAAGAGUGAAAACAAGGAAAAUGAGACUGUGGAAAAAAGACCAAGUGAGGGAACUUUCCAGUUCAAAGGAGUAUCUGGAAGUUCCUGUGGAUUUGGGGGCCCUUCAGUUAGUGGAGCCGGAGAUGGUGGAGGAGAAGAAGGAGGAGGUGGAGAUGGAGGAGGUGGAGGAGGUGAUGGAGGAGGAGGUGGAGGAGGCGGAGGUGGCCCUUAUGAGAAGAACGAUAAGAACCAAGAAAAGGAGGAAAGUACACCUGUCAGCAACCAUAGGCUUGCUCUCACCAUGCUCAUCAAAAUAGUGAAGUCUUUGGGAUGUGCCUAUGGUUGCGGAGAAGGACACCGAGGGCUCUCCGGAGAUCGUCUGAGACACCAGGUAUUCCGAGAGAAUGCCCAGAACUGCCUCACUAAGCUUUACAAGCUAGAUAAGAUGCAGUUCCGCCAAACCAUGAGGGACUAUGUGAACAAGGACUCCCUCAAUAAUGUAGUGGACUUCUUGCAUGCUUUGCUAGGAUUUUGUAUGGAGCCAGUCACGGACAACAAGGCUGGCUUUGGAAAUAACUUCACCACAGUGGACAACAAAUCCACAGCCCAAAAUGUGGAAGGCAUCAUCGUCAGCGCCAUGUUUAAAUCUCUCAUCACACGCUGUGCUUCAACCACACAUGAACUGCAUAGCCCUGAGAAUCUGGGUCUGUAUUGUGACAUCCGUCAGCUGGUCCAGUUUAUCAAAGAGGCUCAUGGGAAUGUCUUCAGGAGAGUGGCCCUCAGCGCUUUGCUUGACAGUGCUGAGAAGUUGGCACCAGGAAAAAAGGUGGAGGAGAAUGAACCAGAAUCUAAGCCUGCAGGCAGUAAAAGGUCAGAGGCGGGAAGCAUUGUGGAUAAAGGCCAACUGUCCUCUGCACCUGAGGAAUGCCGCAGCUUCAUGUCUGGUCGGCCCUCGCAGACUCCAGAGCACGAUGAACAAAUGCAAGGGGGCAACCUGGGGCGGAAAGAUUUCUGGCGCAAGAUGUUCAAAUCCCAGAGCGCAGCAAGCGACACCAGCAGCCAGUCGGAACAGGACACUUCAGAAUGCACCACUGCCCACUCAGGGACCACCUCUGACCGGCGUGCCCGCUCACGGUCCCGCCGAAUUUCCCUUCGGAAGAAGCUUAAACUCCCCAUAGGGAACUGGCUGAAGCGAUCCUCCUUGUCGGGCCUGGCAGAUGGCGUGGAGGACCUCCUGGACAUCAGCUCCGUGGACCGCCUGUCCUUCAUCAGGCAAAGCUCCAAGGUUAAAUUUACCAGUGCUGUGAAGCUUUCUGAAGGUGGGCCUGGGAGUGGAAUGGAAAAUGGAAGAGAUGAAGAAGAGAAUUUCUUCAAACGUCUUGGUUGCCACAGUUUUGAUGACCAUCUGUCUUCCAACCAAGAUGGCGGAAAAAGCAAAAACGUGGUGAAUCUUGGAGCAAUCCGACAGGGCAUGAAACGCUUUCAAUUUUUGUUAAACUGCUGUGAGCCAGGGACCAUUCCUGAUGCUUCCAUCCUGGCAGCCGCCCUGGAUCUUGAAGCUCCUGUGGUAGCCAGAGCAGCGCUGUUCCUGGAAUGUGCUCGAUUUGUCCACCGCUGCAACCGUGGCAACUGGCCAGAGUGGAUGAAAGGACAUCAUGUGAAUAUCACCAAGAAGGGCCUGUCCAGGGGACGGUCUCCCAUCGUGGGCAACAAGCGGAACCAGAAGCUACAGUGGAACGCUGCCAAGCUCUUCUAUCAGUGGGGAGACGCAAUUGGCAUCCGAUUGAAUGAGCUGUGCCACGGGGAAAGUGAGAGCCCCGCCAAUCUGCUGGGUCUCAUUUAUGAUGAAGAGACCAAAAGGAGACUGAGGAAGGAGGAUGAGGAGGAAGACUUUUUAGAUGACAGUACUGUGAACCCCUCUAAGUGUGGCUGCCCCUUUGCUUUGAAGAUGGCAGCAUGCCAGCUUCUCCUGGAGAUUACCACCUUCCUGCGGGAGACCUUUUCUUGCCUGCCCAGACCACGCACUGAGCCUCUGGUGGACUUGGAGAGCUGCAGACUUCGUUUGGACCCUGAGUUGGACCGACACAGAUACGAGAGGAAGAUCAGCUUUGCUGGGGUCCUGGAUGAAAAUGAAGACUCAAAAGAUUCCCUCCACAGUAGUAGCCACACCCUCAAAUCUGAUGCAGGUGUUGAGGAGAAGAAAGUUCCCAGCAGGAAGAUCAGGAUAGGAGGUUCCCGCCUGCUCCAGAUUAAAGGAACCUGCAGUUUCCAGGUGAAGAAGGGGGGUUCCUUGUCCAGCAUUCGCCGGGUCGGCAGCUUAAAGAGCAGCAAGUUAUCACGGCAGGACUCAGAGUCUGAGGCUGAGGAGCUGCAGCUGUCCCAGAGCAGGGACACUGUCACUGACCUAGAAGGGAGUCCUUGGAGUGCAAGUGAGCCCAGCAUCGAGCCCGAAGGAAUGAGUACUGCCGGCACAGAGGAAAAUUACCACAGGAACAUGUCAUGGCUUCAUGUCAUGAUCUUGCUGUGCAACCAGCAAAGCUUUAUCUGCACCCACAUUGACUACUGCCACCCCCACUGCUACCUGCACCACAGCCGCUCCUGUGCCCGCCUGGUCCGGGCCAUCAAGCUGCUCUAUGGAGACACCGUGGACUCCCUUCGGGAGAGCAACAACAUCAGCAGCGUGGCUCUCCGGGGCAAGAAACAGAAAGAGUGCUCAGAUAAGUCAUGCCUGAGGACACCUUCUCUGAAGAAGAGGGUUUCAGAUGCCAACCUGGAAGGGAAAAAGGACUCCGGAAUGCUGAAAUACAUCAGACUGCAGGUAAUGAGCCUGUCGCCUGCUCCCUUAUCUCUGCUAAUCAAGGCGGCACCGAUUCUGACGGAGGAGAUGUACGGAGACAUCCAGCCAGCCGCCUGGGAGCUGCUGCUCAGCAUGGACGAGCACAUGGCGGGGGCGGCAGCUGCCAUGUUCCUGCUGUGUGCCGUGAAAGUCCCCGAGGCCGUGUCGGACAUGCUCAUGUCAGAGUUCCACCACCCAGAGACAGCGCAGAGGCUGAACGCCGUCCUCAAGUUCCACACACUCUGGAGGUUUCGCUAUCAGGUCUGGCCCCGGAUGGAGGAGGGAGCACAGCAGAUUUUUAAGAUCCCGCCUCCCAGUAUAAACUUCACCCUGCCCUCGCCAGUGCUUGGAAUGCCAUCCGUCCCAAUGUUCGACCCUCCCUGGGUCCCUCAGUGCAGCGGGAGCGUCCAGGAUCCCAUCAAUGAAGACCAGUCUAAAUCCUUUUCAGCCCGGGCUGUGUCCCGCUCCCAUCAAAGGGCAGAACACAUCCUAAAGAACUUGCAACAGGAGGAAGAGAAGAAACGUCUUGGUCGCGAAGCCAGCCUCAUCACCGCCAUCCCCAUCACCCAGGAGGCUUGCUACGAGCCCACCUGCACACCCAGCUCGGAGCCAGAAGAAGAAGAAGAAGUCACCAACCUGGCAUCCCGCCGACUGUCUGUCAGUCCCUCCUGUACCUCCAGCACUUCCCACAGGAAUUAUUCCUUCCGCCGAGGGUCGGUCUGGUCGGUGCGUUCAGCUGUCAGUGCCGAAGAUGAGGAGCAUACCACUGAACACACGCCAAACCACCAUGUGCCUCAGCCCCCGCAGGCAGUGUUCCCAGCAUGCAUCUGUGCAGCAGUGCUCCCCAUUGUUCAUCUCAUGGAGGAUGGUGAAGUGCGGGAAGACGGAGUAGCAGUGAGUGCUGUGGCACAACAAGUCUUGUGGAAUUGUCUAAUUGAAGAUCCAUCAACAGUUCUUCGACAUUUUCUGGAAAAAUUGACCAUCAGCAAUAGACAAGAUGAGUUAAUGUACAUGCUGCGCAAACUUCUCCUGAAUAUUGGAGACUUUCCUGCUCAAACAUCUCACAUCUUGUUCAACUACUUGGUGGGACUAAUCAUGUACUUUGUGCGGACCCCCUGCGAGUGGGGCAUGGAUGCCAUUUCGGCCACCCUGACUUUCCUCUGGGAGGUGGUGGGUUACGUAGAGGGCCUCUUCUUCAAGGAUCUGAAGCAGACCAUGAAGAAGGAGCAGUGUGAGGUAAAGCUCCUGGUGACCGCAUCAAUGCCAGGUACCAAAACCUUGGUAGUUCAUGGACAGAAUGAGUGUGAUAUCCCAACCCAGUUACCAGUCCAUGAAGACACUCAAUUUGAAGCCCUGUUAAAGGAGUGUUUGGAGUUUUUUAAUAUCCCAGAAUCCCAGUCCACAAAUUAUUUUCUCAUGGAUAAACGAUGGAACCUCAUCCACUACAACAAGACCUACGUCCGGGAUAUUUACCCUUUCCGGAGGUCGGUAUCUCCGCAGCUGAACCUUGUACACAUGCAGCCAGAGAAAGGACAGGAGCUCAUUCAGAAACAGGUGUUCACGCGGAAGCUGGAGGAAGUAGGACGGGUUUUGUUUCUCAUCUCCCUGACCCAGAAGAUCCCCACAGCCCACAAACAGUCCCACGUCUCCAUGCUCCAGGAAGACCUCCUCCGACUGCCCUCAUUCCCGCGAAGUGCUAUUGAUGCUGAGUUUUCACUCUUCAGUGAUCCUCAAGCUGGAAAGGAGCUGUUUGGCCUUGACACUCUUCAGAAAAGCCUGUGGAUCCAGCUCCUGGAGGAGAUGUUCCUGGGCAUGCCGAGCGAGUUUCCCUGGGGAGACGAAAUCAUGCUUUUCCUCAACGUCUUUAACGGGGCUCUGAUCCUCCACCCCGAAGACAGCGCCCUGCUCAGGCAGUACGCGGCCACUGUCAUCAACAGCGCCGUGCACUUCAACCACCUCUUCUCCCUCAGCGGCUACCAGUGGAUUCUGCCCACCAUGCUGCAGGUGUACUCUGAUUAUGAAAGCAACCCCCAGCUGCGUCAAGCCAUCGAAUUUGCCUGCCACCAGUUCUACAUUCUCCACCGGAAGCCCUUUGUGCUCCAGCUGUUUGCUAGCGUGGCCCCUCUGCUGGAGUUCCCUGACGCUGCCAACAAUGGGCCCAGCAAAGGUGUGUCGGCUCAGUGCCUGUUUGACUUGCUGCAGUCACUGGAGGGAGAGACCACCGACAUCCUAGACAUCUUAGAGCUCGUCAAAGCGGAGAAGCCCCUUAAGUCAUUAGACUUCUGCUAUGGAAAUGAAGACUUGACAUUCUCAAUAAGUGAGGCCAUUAAGCUCUGUGUUACGGUGGUGGCCUAUGCUCCUGAAUCGUUCAGAAGUCUCCAGAUGCUGAUGGUCUUGGAAGCUUUAGUCCCCUGCUACCUGCAAAAGCUAAAGAGGCAGACGUCACAGGUGGAGACGGUGCCUGCUGCCCGAGAGGAGAUCGCAGCCACAGCUGCUCUUGCAACAUCCCUGCAGGCCCUGCUGUACAGUGUAGAGGUCCUCACAAGGCCCAUGACGGCCCCACAAAUGAGCAGGUGCGACCAAGGCCAUAAGGGGACCACCACAGCCAAUCACACCAUGUCGUCUGGAGUGAACACCAGGUACCAAGAACAAGGCGCCAAAUUGCACUUUAUCAGGGAAAACCUUCACUUGCUGGAGGAAGGGCAGGGCCUUCCCAGAGAGGAACUGGAUGAACGAAUUGCUCGGGAGGAGUUCAGAAGACCCCGGGAGUCCCUGCUGAACAUUUGCACUGAAUUCUACAAGCACUGUGGGCCAAGGCUGAAGAUCUUGCAAAACCUGGCUGGGGAGCCGCGGGUCACCGCCCUGGAGCUGCUGGAUGUGAAGUCCCACAUGCGGUUGGCAGAAAUUGCUCACUCCCUUCUGAAGCUGGCACCAUACGACACCCAGACGAUGGAGAGCCGUGGGCUUCGACGCUACAUCAUGGAGAUGCUACCAAUCACCGACUGGACAGCCGAGGCAGUGAGGCCAGCCCUUAUCCUGAUUCUAAAGAGAUUGGAUAGAAUGUUCAACAAAAUUCAUAAGAUGCCUACUUUGAGGCGACAGGUUGAGUGGGAGCCUGCCAGCAAUUUGAUUGAAGGGGUUUGUUUGACACUUCAGAGGCAGCCAAUCAUAUCCUUCCUGCCUCACCUUAGGUCACUGAUCAAUGUCUGUGUCAAUCUGGUGAUGGGAGUGGUAGGACCCUCCAGUGUUGCUGAUGGAUUACCCCUUCUUCAUCUCAGCCCUUAUCUCUCACCACCUCUGCCCUUCAGCACAGCUGUUGUCCGGCUUGUAGCAUUGCAGAUACAGGCUUUAAAAGAAGAUUUCCCUUUAAGCCAUGUGAUCUCCCCAUUCACCAAUCAAGAGCGAAGGGAGGGGAUGCUUUUAAAUCUACUCAUCCCAUUUGUGCUCACAGUAGGAUCUGGAAGCAAAGAUAGCCCGUGGCUGGAGCAGCCUGAGGUACAGCUGUUACUGCAGACGGUCAUCAAUGUGCUCCUGCCUCCGCGGAUCAUCAGCACAUCCAGGAGCAAGAACUUCAUGUUGGAGAGUUCCCCCGCCCACUGCUCCACCCCAGGGGAUGCAGGGAAAGACUUGCGCAGGGAAGGGCUUGCAGAGUCCACCAGCCAAGCAGCAUACUUGGCUCUGAAGGUGAUUCUCGUCUGCUUUGAGCGGCAGCUGGGAAGCCAGUGGUACUGGCUGAGCCUCCAGGUGAAGGAGAUGGCCCUGCGCAAGGUGGGAGGCCUGGCCCUGUGGGACUUCCUUGACUUCAUCGUGCGGACCCGAAUCCCCAUCUUCGUGCUCUUGCGCCCGUUCAUCCAGUGCAAGCUUCUGGCCCAACCAGCAGAGAAUCAUGAAGAACUUUCUGCCCGGCAACAUAUUGCAGACCAGCUGGAGCGGCGCUUCAUUCCACGCCCUCUGUGUAAGAGCUCCCUCAUUGCCGAGUUCAACAAUGAACUAAAAAUUCUCAAAGAGGCAGUUCACAGUGGGUCAGCCUACCAAGGGAAGACGUCCAUCAGUACCGUGGGCACCUCCACCUCGGCUUACCGCCUGAGCCUGGCCACCAUGUCCCGCUCCAACACGGGCACCGGCACCGUCUGGGAGCAGGACAGUGAGCCCUCCCAGCAGGCUUCGCAGGACACCCUGAGUCGGACUGAUGAGGAGGAUGAGGAAAAUGACUCUGUAAGCAUGCCCAGUGUGGUAAGUGAACAAGAAGCUUACCUCCUGAGUGCCAUUGGAAGGCGGAGGUUCUCCAGCCACGUCUCUAGCACGUCUGCACCUCAGGCUGAGGUGGGCAUGUUACCUAGCCAAAGUGAACCUAAUGUCCUCGAUGACUCCCAGGGCCUGGCCGCUGAGGGCAGCCUCUCUAGGGUGGCAAGUGUGCAGAGUGAACCGGGCCAACAGAACCUCCUCAUUCAGCAGCCGCUGGGGAGGAAAAGGGGCCUGAGGCAGCUAAGGCGUCCUCUACUGUCACGUCAGAAGACCCAGACUGAACCCAAAAAUCGCCAUGGGGCUCGGCUGUCAACCACUCGGAGGAGCAUUCAACCUAAAACGAAGCCAUCUGCGGAUCAGAAACGAUCUGUGACCUUCAUUGAGGCUCAGCCAGAGCCAGGAGGUGCCCCAACAGACACACUUCCUGCCACAGUCCAGCCACAAGGCUGCAGCCCAGCCCCAUCCAGGAAGCCAGAAGGAAUGGACAAACCAGUCCUCACAUCUUCCCCAGCCAUUGUUGCUGCUGAUCUUCAUAGCCUGUCUCCCAGGCAGGGUGAGACCCUCCCUGCUGAAGAAGGAGAGAAGAAGGAGGACCCAGAAGUACAAGGUGCUGCAGCACACAGCCCUCUCUCUACUCAAAUCUCAGACCCUGAUGACUUCACAGGCCUGGAGACAUCCAUUCUCCUACAGCAUGGAGACACUGUCCUUCACAUCAGUGAGGAAAAUGGCAUGGAGAACCCCCUGUUGUCUAGCCAGUUCACUUUUACCCCCACUGAGCUGGGCGAGACUCGUAUAGACCUAGAUGAGUCACAUGUUUAGUUCUGCAUUGUGUAAGAGUUGCAGGAAUAGACAAGAUGUGGGAGGAAUGACUUGGCUAAAAGUUUAUUACUUUUGCUUGGAAAAGGUGAAAACACAGCACUUUAUAUUCAGUGGGUGACACAAAUCUCAGUAGAUUUUGCUGCCAAUGCGCAUAUUGUUUCAUAAACAUCUUUUAGAAAUUAAUGGAUAAGAUGAUUUAAUUGUGUGAAGACCAUAAAAAUCAGGGAGGAAUAAGGGGAAAGAGCCAUUUGCACAUUGUUUAUGAUACAAGAAGGCUUGAGAAGUUAAAAUUGUAUACUAUUACAGAGCUGCUUACCUAGAAAUAUUAAAUAAUAUGUUCUAAAAGAGAAUGAAAUUUUUUGAGGUUACU